AUGUCAUCUCCUCCUACGUUCCUAGGAUCCUUGCCAACGCGCCGAAAGCCCAUGUCGAAAGCCCCACCAGGAUUCCUGGUGCCGCCGAAGCCCCAUGUGAUUCCGAUCUCCCGCAUGACAGUCCGCGAACUGCGAGACCAGCAUGCUCGCAACGCCAGAACACUCGCCGGACCGACAGCUUCGACGUCCUCCUAUUCGCAGCGGAUCGUGGCCGAGCAGGCUGAGAUCGAGUCGCGCUUGGUUGAUCUGGUGGGAUUGAAGUCCAUCCAGAAUAAAUUGGAGGAGACUAAGAUCCAUGACCAUAAUGACGAAGCUAUGAAUACUGACCCAACGCCGCAAGAGCCACAAUAUCGUGCUAUUGGUGCGAAGCAGAGAGCCCUUGAGAAGUUUGCAGCAAAGGCUUCAAGAGAUUACAACGGGGGUGGUUUAUCUUUUGAAGAGGCAACCAGGUUAGAGCAAGAAGCUCAUGCCGCCGAUCGCAGGCGGCAAGAAGAAAUUGCGGAGCGGAGACGUAGGCGUGGUCUCUCCCUAGAUGAUGAAGUCCUCACAAGACAAGAGAAAGAGGCCCGGAUGUGGGCAUUCAUGAACUACAAACCUACAGAUUCUGACCUGGAAGAUGAGGAUGACGAAGGCGAAGAGGGUAAAAAUCCUUCGACAUGGUUCGACGAUGACCAAGAUGACGGACGAAAGGGGCAAGAUAUCGUCUAUCCAGACUAUCAUGACGAUCUUUCAAACAUCAUAAGAAUUGAUGAGAGCAGAAUACCGUAUUCGAUCCCGCGAGAGGAAUGA